UAGAGAGGACAGAGACAAGUGAGAGAGGGUAGGCACAGCGAUAAAAAAAUCUGGGUGUUGAUGAGAUAAAAAAUAUGCAACCACCGUAUCCAUAUUUUAACACCAACCAGACAAACACGUCUGCUUUUAGUGAGUCAGGGCUAAAAAUACUGACAUAAUUAAAUUGACCAUUAGGGGGCAACAAAAGUCUGGUUCCUCACUGCGAGCCAAUGGCCACUUGCGGCGCACGAAGGGCCCCUGCUAAUAGCAUACCAGACCCUUCACACCUUCACAUUACCUGGUGAUAAACACGCAUGAUAUGGGCUGUGGACCACACAGGACGUGUGCGUUUGUGUGUGUGUGUGUGUGUGUGUGUGUGUGUGUGUGUGUGUGUGUGUGUCUGCUCCAGGUGAUCUACAAGAAUGACGCUCUCAAACUUGUGUUUGAAUAUCAAGAGUUGAUCAAAGACAAACGAAUAGCCUGACUAGUCUUUCUUGACCCCACUGUGAGUGUUAAUGCAAAUGUUUGGGUAUAAAACAUAUAUAGACUUGGAAACAGCUGAUGGACUUGGGAGAACAAAUUUAAAAUGGUGACUUUGUGAACACAAGUGUGUUUUUGUCAACUUUUUGUAUUAAAGUAAUGUUCUUAUUUCAGUGGUUUCCAUUUGAGUUAUUAAAAGGCCUAUUCUGUAGAUUGCAAUAAAAACAAAUCCAGUUGCCUGCGACGACGAAUCAACAUCAGGUACCACCUCUGAUGUCACAAAGAUGUCACAAAGGUCUCAAAGAUGUCACAAAGGCCGGUCGGAACCCGACGGGCCUUUGUGACAUCACGGCCUCUAUAUAAGUCCCCGUUCCUCGGUCCAGUCCUCAGUGGUGAUCAGAGAGCGACGAAGAGCAGCCAAAUCAAUAACCAGUGACAGCAACAAUCUGAGAGAUCCACGAUGGGGAAGAACAGACGCAUCAAGAGGCAGGAAGGAGACCAGGAGAGAGACCAGGAGACCCUGAGUGGGGACUCCUCGUCGUCCCCCGGAGGACAGCGUCCGGCACAGGAGGAAGAGGCCACCCCCGAUCCGGACUCCUCCUCCCCCUCUCCGGACCCCCCCCCGCCCCGUCAGGUCUCCACCUCGUCUCGAAACAAAGAACGUCUGAGACAGGUGGUGAACAGAUGGUUGGAGACCAAUGAGGAGGAGGAUGACCCGGACCAAGGCCAGACCCCCCUGGACCAAGACCAGACCGCCCCGGACCAGGGCCAGACCGCCCCGGACCAGGGCCAGACCGCCCCGGACCAGGGCCAGACCGCCCCGGACGAAGGCCAGACCACCCCGGACCAGGGCCAGACCGCCCCGGACCAGGGCCAGACCACCCCGGACGAAACCCAGACCGCCCCGGACCAGGGCCAGACCGCCCCGGACCAGGGCCAGACCGCCCCGGACCAGGGCCAGACCGCACCGGACGAAACCCAGACCGCCCCGGACGAAACCCAGACCGCCCCGGACCAAGACCAGACCGCCGAUGAACCUGAACCCCAACGCCAGGGAGAAGGCUCAGGCCCUUUCGUGGCCUGGCUGCAUCAGACCGCAGACGGGCCCCCCAGGAAGGACCUGGCCCAGGUCGUGGGGAACCUUAAGGUCCGGGUGAAGGGGGUCAGGAAGCUGAGGGUGGAAACAGAAACCAUGGACCCAGGCCAGACCGCCGAGGACCCAAACCAGCUCCCCAAUGUGCCUGACAGCCCCCCCACAAAGCCCCUGGCCCAGGUCAUGGGGAACCUGAGGUUCGGGCUGAAGGGCUUCCAAAAGCUGAGGGUUAAACCAGCAUCCACCUCCCGGCUUGAUGAGGAGAAGCCUUUGGGCCAACCUUCAGGCCGGAGCCCCUUGCCUGGCCAGACCGCCCCGGACCGAGGCCAGACCGCCCCGGACCCAAGCCAGAUCCCCGAGGAACCUGAACCCCAACACCAGGGAGAAGGCUCAGGCCCUUUCGUGGCCUGGCUGCAUCAGACCGCAGACGGGCCCCCCAGGAAGGACCUGGCCCAGGUCAUGGGGAACCUGAAGGUCCGGGUGAAGGGGGUCAGGAAGCUGAGGGCGGAAAGAGAAACCAUGGACCCAGGCCAGACUGCCCAGGACCCAAACCAGCUCCCCAAUGUGCCUGACAGCCCCCCCACAAAGGCCCUGGCCCAGGUCAUGGGGAACCUUCGGUUCCGGGUGAAGGGCCUCAAAAAGAAGAGGGUUCAAGCACCAACCACCUCCCGGCUCGAUGAGGAGAAGCCUUUGGGCCACCCAUCAGGCCGGAGCCCCUUCCCUGGCCAGACCACCCCGGACCAAGGCCAGACCGCCCCGGACCCAAGCCAGAUCCCUGAGGAACCUGCAGACAGGGCCCCGACAAAGGACCUGUCCCAGGUCUUGGGGAACGUGAGGGUCCGGGUGAGGGCACCAAGAAAGAAGAGGGUCAAAACUGAUACCACCGCCCUGACGGAGCAGGAGGGGGAGAAGCCUUUGGGCCGCCCUUCACGCCAGAACCCCUUUAGGCGCAUCAAGAUGGCCUGGGCCGACCCAAAGGCCGUCAUCACCACCGUCGCCCCCCCGAACACCCCUGAGCAUCAGGAUCUGGUCAUCGAGGCCGAGGAGGAGGGGGAAGCCACAGCUCAGGUUGAGAGGACGGGCCUCAGGCCCCCCGUCAACAAGUGGCUGAACCGUAGAAUGAAGGAAAUGUCCACAUUCGCGGCCCGGUUCCAGUGUGGGUCGUGUGUGCACUAAGAAAAAAAAAAAGAAAGAAAAAAAAAUAGCAUAAAAACAAAAAAAAAGAUAAAAUGUUUAACGGCGCCACUGUACAGACAAAGUAUGCACGUCAAACAUCUGAUGGCGCCCGACCAAGUCCACAUCGAUGUGAAGUCACACAGGAGGGAAACCCCAGCUUUGUCUGAGCCCGGGUGAAUUUAAACAAAGUAAUGAAACAUCUGAUGGGACUCAACCAAGUCCUCAUCGAUGUUGCUUCACACUGAGGUGUGUCAUACUUUGUUUAAAUUCACCUACGCUAGGACAAAGCUGGGGUUUCACUCCAGUGGGUUGUCACAUCGAUGUGGACCUGGGCUGGUCUUAUCCGAUGUUUGACGUCCAUACUUUGUCUGGGCCCAGGUGAAUUGAAACAAAGUAUGUACGUCAAACAACUGAAGUGACCCGACCAGGUCGACAUCGAUGUGACAUCACACAGGAGUGAAACCCAAGCUUUGUCUGAGCCCGGGUGAAUUUAAACAAAGUAGUCAUCUGAUGGGACUCAACCAAGUCCUCAUCGGUGUAACAUCACACUGAGGUGUGUAAUACUUUGUUUAAAUUCACCUGCGCUUGGACCCAGCUGCGGUUUCCCUCCAGUGUGAUGUCACAUCGACGUGGACUUGGUCGGGUCCCAUCCGAUGUUGGACGUACAUACUUUGUUUCAAUUCGCCUGGGCCCAACUGCAAUUCAUGCAUA